AUGAUCUGCUCUAUCUCAGGCAAUCCGGCUGAAGAGCCAGUGUUGUCCACAAAGUCUGGCCAUGUGUACGAAAAGAGACUGGUAGAGGAAUACAUUGCGCAGCAUGGAACAGACCCAAUAUCGGGGGAGUCACUAAGUUCUGAAGAUUUGGUGGCCAUUCAGGUGUCUGCUUUGGAAAAGCCACUGGUUGUGCGCGAAUCUGCAUCAACCUCGAUCCCUUCCUUGUUAUCAAUAUUUCAGCGCGAGUGGGAUGCAUUGGCUCUGGAAACAUUUGAGCUACGCAGACAACUGAACCAAUACAAGAAAGAGCUCAGCCUGGCCUUGUACAAACAGGAUGCAGCAGUGCGAGUCGCUGCCAGCGCCAUCAAACAACGCGACGAGUACAAAAGGGCUUUAGAGGAGCUCACGACGAAGCUUGGAAAAGGAGAGGUCAUUGAGAUCGACACGCCAGCGGAACAAACUAACGGAUCACAACCACUGUCUGAGGAGUAUGCUAGUCAACUACUUGAGGCUCACUCGCAAUUGUAUCAGCAACAUCGUUCCCAAAAAUUCAAGUCUCCAAUUGACGAGAGCUCAGAUAUAAAGUUUGCACUUGAAGAGGACCUUAAAAUAUGGGAUGGACAAAAGAAGAAGACAACACUUGUUCAAGCAGAGUUCAGCUCUGACAAGACCAAAAUUCUACUCGCAUAUUCGGAAAAUGUUAUCGCUGUUUAUGAUGUUGUUGAAAAAGUGCUUAUCAGUCGGCAUGCGCUUCCUAAACGAGCCAAGUUUAGUUACUUGAAGUGGCUCAACGAAAAUAAGUUUGUGUACGCUUCCACCGACGGGACAGUCCAUAUCGUUGAAGGAGAAUCAGAAACAAAGUUCCAUUUGGAAAAAAAGUCAAUCACCAGCAUUCUGGCCCACCCUUUACUACAUUACCUGAUCAUAGCACAGACUGACAAGCUAUACAUAUUUGACGGGGAGCAAAAAUUGUACGAGUCAGAUCCCUUUGAAUCCAAAAUCAGUGAGAUGGCUCUGCAUCAAGAUGGCCUGUUCCUCGGAUUGUGCCUCGAGACCAACGUCGUUCAGAUCUUCAAUAUUGCUAAAAACUCUGUCGAGCUUAACGUUUCCAUUGACUCGCUUGGCACCGUUGAAGUGAUAGAUAAGCUUCUAUUUUCUCCAAAUGGCUACUCACUGGUGAUACACUGUUCCACGGACUCGGGAUCGAAAAUUGGAAUAUACGAUUUGAGGAAGGACGUUUUCCAAGCUGUGCUGGAUUCUCCAAGUAGCGCUGUUCUGGCUAUUGACAAAGCUUCCUCAUAUCUUUUCAACGAUCAGACAGUAUUCAGAUAUUAUAAAAAAAGCAAGAAAUGGAGCUCUGAGGUUGCACAAAUUCCUGAUCUCGCUCAGGAUGUGAUUGUCACCCUUGAUAUCAAGUCUCUAGAGGAUCAUUAUGAGGUUUUCGCUGUUCUGAAAGACGGCACUUUAAAGAGGUAUUUGUUGCAAGCGGAUGUAUAA